AUGGCGGGCGACAAUAACAGCGCAGACAGCUUCGCCUUGCUGCUCGUGCAGGAGUGGCUGGUGGCCUGCAAACUCGCUGCCACGGCGCAAUGUCUUGUGGACGAAUGCGCACGAUCAGAGCGAGAUAUUCCAACAAAAAUGCUGUGGAAGCGAAUGGUGGAGAAUUUGGGUUUCGGUCCACGGAGCCCAGCGACCGGAGGGAAACGUAGCAGUGGCAGUACGACAUUGCUCGAAGCUUUGAUCAGGCGAGUAACUGAACAGCACGAGAAAGAAAUAGCACAGACGCUUCGAAACCAGGCCAUGGUCCCACAGCAGCAGGUUGUGGUCAUGAGCAAGAAGAGAGAAUUAAAAUUUGUUCACAAAAGGUCUUUGCCGAGAUUCAACAAUAAUGACUCGGAAAGAACACCCGAGCUAUCGACUUCAUCGUCUUCCGUUGGACUCCGACCAAAGUCUGCGAUGGUCUACAAGAGCACAUCCGAUCUAUCGAAAGCGUCAAGUGGUGACUCACUCAAUAAUAGCGGCGCGAAGGCUUCGAUGUCGCCUGCGAUGAAACCACUUGCCCACCACCACAACUCAACGGACGAAGACGAAGCGCCUUCUCAACUAGCACCAACGUUAUCCCUCGAGGAAAUGAGCGAGGAACGUCUCACGGAGCAAUUUGGAUCGCUCUCGCGCUGUGCCAUCAAGAAGCUGCGUCGUGUAUUGGCAAAGUCGCACGCGUACUCACAGGAGUUUGAAAAGUCCCAGCGUACAGUGGACAAGAUCAAGGCACGCGCUAAGCUGCGUCAAUUGCGUCGCGUGCUUGCGGAAGAGCAGACACCUUUAUUAACUAGUACUAUGGCUCCUCUCACAAGUGAACCGUGUUCCCUCUGCUUAUACGUGUUCCCGAAGAAGAACCUCAUGACAAAAGUAUCCUACAAAAGCAUUGUCGAUCUACGAGCGUCCUGGGCAGCAGCAAGCGGAGCAACAACCAGUGAGGAGGCCGCGCAGCAAGCUGCGGAGGGGAUGACUCACGCGCGGAUGACGCAUUUGUACGACGAGGCUCCAGUUUGCGCAUUUUGCUCGCAGCUAGUACUGAACUCCUCUUCGUAUCGGGAACUCGAAGCGAAGAAGCGACGUGAUCUCGAGAAAUGCGACCCGCUCGACUACCACAACUUCGAACUAAACAGCGAUGACGGCGGCGACAGCGAUGUUGAAGAGGUCGUGGAGUUGGGAACGGACGGCCGUCGGCAGGUUGUUCGCCGACGUCGUCGACAGACGAUGCGCGCACCCGUGCAGCUCGGUGUGGUGUCCAAACGCCUGCACUACGAUCACUUACGCAGCGACUCGCUCCACAUGCUCACAUUGAACGAGUGGCAGAACAUCACGCGCUGA